AUGGAUUUCCUUCAGCGCCUGUCGCGAUUCCUCGAUCGCCCCCUCUUCCCAUGGAAGAAGCUCAUUCUCGGCUUCUCCGUCGGCCAGUACAUCUUCGAGUCCUUCCUUACCCUCCGCCAAUACGGUAUCCUCCAAAAGACCAAGCCCCCCGCCGUCCUCGCCAAGGAAAUCUCCCAAGAAACCUUUGACAAAUCCCAAGCCUACGGUCGCGCCAAAGCUCAAUUCGAAAUCGUCUCCGGUCUCUGGGCCCAGAUUCAAAAUGUGGCAUUUAUCCAGUUCGAUGUUCUCCCCAAGUUGUGGUCCUGGACCGGCGAUUUGCUCCUCAAAUGGGCGCCGACUCGGUUCACUGGCGAAAUCAGCCACUCCAUCCUCUUUGUUCUCAGCUUCAUUGUUAUCCAGCAGGUUCUUUCGCUCCCGACACGCGUCUACAACACGUUUGUGCUUGAGGAAAAAUUUGGCUUCAACAAGCAGACGCCCAAGCUGUUCAUCACGGAUAUGAUCAAGACCAAUUUGUUGACUGUUGCCCUCAUGCCCCCCAUUCUGGCCGCGUUUUUGAAAAUUAUCCAAAAGACUGGUAGUCACUUUGUGUUCUAUCUGUGGGUUUUCGCUGCUGGCUUGCAAUUGUUUACGACGACUGCCUACCCCAUCUUCAUCCAGCCCUUGUUCAACAAGUUGUCUCCUCUGGAGGAGGGCGAGCUCAAGACCAAGGUCGAGGAGUUGGCUGCCAGUCACAAGUUUCCCCUGCAAGAGCUUUUUGUCAUUGAUGGAAGCAAGCGAAGCGCGCACUCGAACGCCUAUUUCUACGGUCUACCUUGGAAGAAGCACAUUGUCAUUUACGAUACACUGAUUGAAAAGACGGAAACCAAUGAAAUCAUUGCCAUUCUCGCUCAUGAGCUCGGUCACUGGAAGCUUGGUCACACCACUCGUCUCUUUGGUAUUGCCCAGGCUCAUCUCCUCUACGUCUUCUCCCUCUUCUCCGUAUUCCUGAACAACGCCUCCCUGUACAAUGCAUUCGGAUUCCACACCGUACAGCCCAUCAUCAUUGGCUUCAUCCUAUUCAGUGACGCUCUCUCUCCCAUGGACACGGUCAUCAAGCUGCUCCUCAACAUCCUCUCUCGCAAGUUCGAGUUCGAGGCCGACGACUUUGCCAAGGCUCUGGGCUUCCGCACCGAGCUCGCCUCCUCGCUCAUCAAGCUGCAUGCUCAGAACCUGAGCACCAUGGAUGCCGAUUGGAUGUAUGCCAGUUAUCACUUCUCGCACCCUCAUCUGUCGGAGCGUCUCAAGGCCCUGGAUUGGAAGCCAAAGGAGGCACUCACCAGUGAGAAGGACAAGGACAAGGAUGGCAGUGCGACGGCCACAGGACGUGACGAGCUGUAA